GUGGGAGGAGCAGUUGCCCAGCUGCCGCCCGGCGCUUCCUGUUUCCGGUUCCCGGAGUGGAGCACCGCGAGGCGCCGUGGGGAACGCUGGCGGUGACAAGCUCCCUGGGACCGGGGUCUGCGGCUGGCCCCUCGCUGGCCCUGUCUCCCAGCCCCAGGCAGGGACUCCCCUUGGGAGUCUGAACUUUGGCCACUCCCUUUGCCCACGACACUAGAACUGAGGAGUUGGUAAACUGCUUUGGAAGUUGAGAUAUUCUUUUUUAAGCACACCUUGCAGAAAUUAUCAACAACAGCCUGUAGACAGUAACUCCUCAUCAAGGCCAGCACUGUCCUCUUUGCUGAAUGUACAUUGUGUCCCUGUCCUGAAGGGGCACAGGAAGGACAGCAGCAUAUACACUUUCUCCCAAAAGGAUGUCCCCCUUCUACCGCUGCUGGGGGACUGGACCACUGCUGCUGCUACUCCUGGCCAUCACGGUAAGAGAAUCCUGGCAGGCAGAAGAAAAAACCUGCGACCUGGUAGGAGAAAAGGGCAGAGAAUCAGAGAGAGAGUUGGCUGUACUGAAGAGGAUGACACCCCUGUUUAACAAAAGCUUUGAGAGCACUGUGGGCCAGGGGCAAGACACGUAUAUGUACAGAUUCAGGGUGUGCAGGGAAGCUGGUAACCACUCCUCCGGGGCAGGCCUGGUGCAGAUCAACAAAAGUAACGGGAAGGAGACAGUAGUGGGGAGAAUCAACGAGACUCACAUCUUCAAUGGAAGUAAUUGGAUUAUGCUGAUCUAUAAAGGGGGUGAUGAAUAUGACAAUCACUGUGGCAAGGAGCAGCGUCGUGCAGUGGUGAUGAUCUCCUGCAAUCGACACACCCUAGCGGACAAUUUUAUCCCUGUAUCUGAGGAGCGAGGCAAAGUCCAAGAUUGUUUCUACCUCUUUGAGAUGGAGAGUAGCCUGGCCUGUUCCCCAGAGGUCUCCCACCUCAGUGUGGGUUCUAUCUUACUUGUCACGUUUGCAUCACUGGUUGCUGUCUAUAUCAUCGGGGGGUUCCUAUACCAGCGAUUGGUGGUGGGAGCCAAGGGAAUGGAGCAGUUUCCCCACUUAGCCUUCUGGCAGGAUGUUGGCAACCUGGUAGCAGAUGGUUGUGACUUUGUGUGCCGUUCUAAACCCCGAAAUGUGCCUGCUACAUAUCGUGGUGUGGGGGAUGAUCAGCUGGGGGAGGAUUCAGAAGAAAGGGAUGAUCAUUUACUACCAAUGUGAAUGCACUUUAUACGCCCAGCUUCUUCAGUCCCCCAAACCAAAGCAUACUCAGCCAGAUUUCUUAAGCAGUCUAUUGCAGCCUCUCAUCUCACCCUAAAUGUUGCUCUUGCUUUCAAUUUGCUUUUGGUUUACAUCCUUUUCUCACUAUAGAAAUGCCUUCCCUAUUGUUCCCUAUUUUUGUUUUCCCCUCUAGAGAGGUACUAUAAUUAUAAUAAGGCCUGUGACAAAAGGCACUAUGUCUUGGUAUAGGAAGGUACAUGUAGGACUAGUUAUGAGCAAAAGCAUGUGGCAGCUUUGCUGGCCUUUUCAAACACAUUUUCACAAGUUUUUAAGACACUGGAAUUCUUUAAUUAAAAAAAAAAAGGAAAGAAA